AUGAGGGCAGUGGACAUCCGGCCCUGGUGCGAGCUGCUGGUCUUGCUGAGCCUGAAUGUGUUCCGCGGUGUGACUGCUGGAUUUUCGGACAGCUGCGAAGGGCGCUGCGACGUGCUCCAGACCCUUGGUGCACUUAAAUCACAGAACGAGUUGCGAAUUCACGUGGGCCUGGUGCUAACUGCCAAUGCAUCAGCUGGUGUCGGCAGAUGGGUGAUUGCUGUUCGGACUACGACAGCUGUCACAAUGCGGGAGCAAGCGCUGUGGAGACUACUGUCCAAUGGCAAAGCCGAGAACGCGUACAUGCAGUUCUGUUUGUGGAGCCUUUGCUGCCCGGAUAUCUUGCUUGUUUCAGGAAACCACACGUGCAACCUGGGCACCAGCUACAACAUGGGCACCAGCCACAACACAGGCACCGGCCACAACAUGGGCACCAGCUACGACGAAACCUUUCUGCACUACAUGCCUGACACCACGGUUACGACCAUCACCAUCACUUCGACUUUGCCGCCGACAACGACGCCGACUACGCUCACAAGCACUACAAUCACAACCAUCACCUCCACUUCCGUUACAACUGUUACGACUACGACAGUGACGACAACCACGGUUACAGUUUCUUCAGUCACAGAGACGACCACGGCCACCAGAACUACAGUGACCGCAACACGUACCGCGACGAGCACAACCAUUACCACGACCACAGUGACGACGCUGACCACGACCGUGAAGCCUUCGGCGAAGCCAGCCUCGCAGGUGGCUUCAUUCGCAAACCUUUUGGUCAGUGAGGAGAACUGCCAGAUGGGUCUUGAGGAAACCAAGGUGGAGGUGGAGGUUGGUGGGACCACCCGAAGUGCGCUUUUAUCCCUUCCUUCGGCCGUGUUUGCCGGGAAGCUCCCACUGUGGCUGGUCUUUCAUGGCACCGACGGCCAGGCUGCGGAUUUCCUGCGUUACUCAGGCCUGGAUGACUUCUCCCGGGCAAAUCAUAUUGCGCUUGUGGUUCCGCAGGCCUUGCCGAACUCCGACUUCUAUGGGCAGUCGCAGUUCAAUGUGGGUUUGCACAGUCAGCGGGAGGAUCGAGAGGGGGUCCACGACGUGGAGUUGACUCGAGCUGUGUUGGAACAGGUCAUGCGGCUGCCAUGCAUUGAUGUUCAGCGCAUCCACUGUACUGGCUACUCCAACGGAGCCCGUUUCUGCAUACGGUUGGCAUCGGAACUGCCGGGUCUCAUUGCAUCAGUUGCGCCCAUAUCAGGACUCCGGUACCCCAGCCCGAACAACGCAAGCAGAGCCAUUCCCAUUCUAGCCUUUCAUGGGGAUGCCGAUCCAGUCAAUCCCUGGGGAGGGCAUGGCCUGGGCUACUGGCAUUCCUCGGUUCCUGCAUCCCUGCAAAGAUGGGCCAAGUUCAAUCGCUGCAGUCUUGCAGACUGGCCUCCAAGCUUCAGAGAGCAUCAAGGUUUCGCCGUGGCUUCGUACGAGGGCUGCCAAGACGAUGCGACUGUCAAGCUUGUCCGACUGCAUGGAGCCGGCCACCAGUGGCCAAACGCCGCCUUUGAGAUCCCUAACUUGGGCAAGGUGGCAAGGAUCGAUGCGAAUCGCCUCAUCUAUGAGUUCUUCGACAAGCACCGGCUGCCAGACCAAUGGAGCAUCUUGCAGCUGAAAAUGCAGGCCGCAGGAGCCAUGUCCGUCGAGCAGAGCAGCCCCAGGUUUGGAGCUCUGCUGUGGGUCGGCAUUGCAGCCUUGGGCCCAUUGCUGUUCUGGACCUUGAUGGCUCGGCACCGCUCCGAAUGCUGUCGUGACACUCCCCGCAGCGAGCUGGGUCCGUUGCUCCUCGCGGACGUCGGAUCGCCAAGUCAUGCUUCCCUGCUGCCGUGA